GAGGUCUGUUGGGUACCAAUAGGUACCUUGUUUUAAGGAUUUUGUUCUGGCUUCCCAUCCCCCUAUUAGGCAAACACUCUCCUUUUGUAUCUGGGGAACUAGGAAACAAUCCUUACUUGGAAGACGCUCAAAAAAAAAAAGAAAGAAAAAAGAAAGAAAUCCAGACCUUUGGUGUGGGCUUGCCCCAUAACAAUCCUGUGAAAAUCCUGCUCUCUGUGUCCGCAACACCCAUUUGCUGCAAAGCUGUGCUCAGUGCCCUACCUCUCUCUCCCCGGUCCUCUCUCCCUCCUACUCACUCACUGACUGCGAGCCUGAAGGUGCCUCUGAAUGCUACUUAAAGGGAGAGACUCAACAAGACGCUGAAGAAACCGAGUCCUUGCUUAUUGCAACCCCGCGGAGUAGCCUUGUAACAGGAGCACAAGACGAAGGAGAAGAAAAACAUUUGUUUAUUUCUGCAAGCAGCUAUUGCCAAGUUUUUCCAAGCUUUGCUGGAACACAAAAAACGAAAAAAAAGAAAGAAAGAAAGAAAGAGAGAAAGAAAGAAAGAAUUGUAGAAAACUAAAAGCCUGAAAAAAAUAAAGAUCCCAGCAGAUCCUGCAACAGAGAAAAGAGGUUUACACCCAAGACCAAUGCAAUGAUGCUGCUACUGCUGCCUGCCUGUCUGCUGCUGGCCCUUGGCACUGUCUCAGGGGGAGGGUACCCCCCACUCCCCCAGAUGAAGUACACGCAGCCCAUGAUGAAGGGGCCUGUGGGACCCCCUUUCCGAGAAGGCAAGGGACAGUACCUCGACAUGCCCCCAGUCCUCCCAAUGGGUGAGCCCGGACCACCAGGAAAACCAGGACCAAGGGGCCCUCAAGGGCCUCCCGGAAUGCCAGGGAAGCCAGGAGUCGGAAAACCAGGGCACAACGGACAGCAGGGUCCCGUGGGACCGCCAGGAUUCCCCGGAAUAGGAAAGCCGGGAUUGCCCGGCCUCCCGGGGAAGGCAGGUGGGAAGGGGAUGCCGGGACCCAAAGGAGAAGGGGGCCUCAGAGGAGAACUCGGGCCUAGAGGCUUACCCGGGCAACCUGGCCUUCCAGGUCCAGUCGGUCUGUCUCUGAACGGCAAGCCUGGACUUCAGGGUGUCAGAGGAAGCCCAGGGUUGACAGGGGAGCCAGGACAUAAAGGGCUCCCGGGGGGCCCCGGAGAGCGUGGACCUAAGGGGGAAAGUGGAAACGGCAAUCCAGGUUUACCGGGGGCGAGAGGUCCAGUUGGUCCGCCUGGUCCAGCAGGACUCUCUGGCCCGCCAGGGCUCGGCAAGCCAGGGCUGAAUGGGCUUCCAGGACCAGGUGGGCUCAAUGGAGAGAAGGGGAAUCCAGGAGAACCAGGCGCACCAGGGAAGCAAGGAGAUCAGGGGCCACGGGGGCCCCCAGGAGUAGACGGGGUGGGGAAACCUGGUUUAGAUGGACUUCCAGGCAUGCCAGGGCCACAGGGGCCAAAAGGUGAGCUCGGGAACGGAGGGGCUCCUGGAUUCCCAGGGGCCCCUGGCUAUGGCAAGCCAGGGUUGCAAGGCAUGAAAGGAGAUAAGGGCCCCAGUGGCAUUCCAGGACUACCAGGGGACAAGGGGGAAUCAGGGAUGGAUGGACUGCCAGGAGAGAUGGGCCAAGAAGGAAUUCAGGGGCCCCCAGGAAUACCGGGCCACAUGGGGCUCCCAGGGAAGUACGGACUCCCUGGUCUAAAAGGAGAUAUUGGCCCUGCUGGGCCGCCAGGGGCCCCCGGCAUCCUAGGCAAUCAAGGCCCCAAUGGCCUUCCAGGAAAACCUGGGGUUCCAGGAGAAAGAGGAUUAUCGGGCCCUCAUGGACCACCAGGGAAAAGUGGACCUAAAGGAGAACCUGGACAUUUCGGUCUUCCAGGGGCCCCUGGGUUAUCAGGUGCGCCUGGGACCAAAGGACAACCAGGGAGCACUGGCUCCCCGGGGCCGAGAGGCAUUUCCGGCAUCCCGGGUAUCCAGGGCCCAACUGGUCCAAUUGGUCCCCAAGGAAUCCCAGGACUAAAGGGGGAGCAUGGCCUUCCUGGCCUCCCAGGGGAGGGAAAACUGGGUCAAAAAGGAGCUCCGGGGCCCAUGGGUCCCCCCGGCAAGGAAGGUGAAGCCGGGCUCAACGGCCGUCCCGGACCCCCAGGGCCGCCAGGUCCUCCCGGCCCGCCAGGAGCCUUCAUCAACGGAGAGGACACCAGCAUCGCCGGGCUGCACCUCCCGGAUGGCGGGGUGGAGGGCGCCUCGGUGCCGGGGGGUGGGAAGCCGGCGAAACCGCAGUACGGCCGGGGUGAGCUGUCAGCCCAAGUGGCUCCAGCCUUCACCGCCAUCCUGUCGACCCCCUUCCCCCCCUCCGGGAUGCCCAUCAAGUUCGACAGGACUUUGUACAACGGCCUCAACGCCUACAACCCCGCCACCGGAAUGUUCACCAGCCCUGUUUCAGGAAUCUAUUACUUCUCUUACCACGUCCACGUAAAAGGAACGAACGUCUGGGUGGCUCUGUACAAGAACAAUGUGCCGGCCACAUACACCUACGACGAGUACAAGAAAGGCUACAUGGACCAGGCUUCGGGCAGCGCCGUCCUGGAACUGAAGGAGAACGAUCAGGUGUGGAUGCAGAUGCCUUCGGACCAGGCUAACGGAAUAUAUUCCACCGAGUACAUCCACUCAUCCUUCUCAGGGUUCCUGCUCUGUCCUACAUAACAGCUGUUCACAGGGGGCAUCGCCUUGGAAGCCAUAGAUCUGAAAUAACAACAACAAAAAAUACAACUUAACUGCUUGAAAUAAAUGAAGAGCAGGAGAGCAGAGCAGAGCUGGAAAGAGAGCCAGUACUGUUUUUACACGGCUCUUUCCAGUGUUCUUUUUUUUUUUUUUAGCGGAUACAAUUAUUUGUUUUUAAUUCAUGUCAUUUCAUUUCAUUUUUUUAAUUAUUAUUAUUAUUAUUAUUAUUAUUAUUAUUAUUAUUAUUAUUAUUAAUAUGUUAUUUCAUUUUGGAAUCAGCCUAUUCAUUAUAUUCCUUCCCUUGUUACUGCAUGCCUUUGUUAUGUAUUUAAGACACCAGCGUAUGCUGCAGGCGACUAAACUGUCGACAGGGAGGACUAAAAAGAUUGAUGGUAGUGUCCCAAACAUUUGGAUUAUAGUCUGCCAACUUCCAAAGGACUUGAAUUAAUUUUCAAUCACUGGCAACCCAUGCCAAGCUCCACAACAGAACCUAGUGCACAACUGAUAAGAACACGGUAUGCUUGAGUUACCCUGCCAUACGUGUGUUAAUGUUAAAAAAAAAGGGACGUUGUAAGGGGUUGAAAAUAUAUUUUCCCAUUGGUUGAAAUUAUUAGUCCCGCCCCAGGCCUCUUCAGAUUGGUCCAAUUGUUCAGAGAUUCUACUUGUGCAUCCAUGCAUAUUUACUGCGGUGAACUUUUAUAAGGGACCAACAAAGCAUGAAAUGAUGCUUCACUUUAUUUCAAUGUGUGUCUUUUUCUUGUUUGGGGUUCAAGCUGUUAUUUUAAAUGUGCAGACAUGUGUUGCAUUACUGGUGAGAAUGAGUGAGUUUACAGGCUGCAGAACUCAUUUUUUACAUUUGACAGUCGCAUACGUUUAAUAAACUAGUGUGAUUACCACUGUAUCUCAGCCCUGUUUGAUUAAUAUUAUUAAUCCAGGCCACCUGAGCUCUACUGGCAUUCAGUAUAUGUUGCAUAACAUGGCUUAAGAGAAGAAAAAAAAAACUUCCAUUGUGAUCCUUUAUAUGCGAUCCCAAGACAUGUCUAACUGAUGCUGUACUAAUACACUGAUAUCAGUGACAGCUAUGCAUUAAAAAGUAACCAGAGAAGGACGGGGUUGCAAAAUAAGAUAUUAUACUACAGGAAGCACUUACUUGAAUAAAUGAAAAAUAGAUUGCAAUGGUCAUCACUCUGGCAAUGUAUUAUUGCUUCCUGUAAGUUCUUGAUAAGCAACAGAGUGGUUACACAAUAAAGAAAAAAAGAUUUGUUUUUUGCCUGUAUUAUAUCAUGCAUAACUUUGAACAUUUAACCACAAACCCCUUUAGUUUAGUAGUUUUAAUGCAUGCCGUCUCUAUACAAGCACUGUCAAGGGAUCAAACCAUUCUAUGCUGUUCACCAUUGGACUGCACCUGCCAAGAUUGUUCCACCGCACAGCACAGACAAAUAUAUGCAUGUUAGCAAUGCAGCUUCAUUAAGACCCAAGAACAACAGAUAACGGAGAACUCUGUGUUAAGUAAAGCUACUGUAGUUUAAUGCCAUGCACUGUCACAUCUUUUUGUUCCUUGGUUUUUGCUUGCAAUGGCCAUAGUUUUUGCAAAUGCUGCGACCCACAUUUAUUAACCAUUGUUCUACUUUCUCAUUAAUAUCUGUGAUAUUCUUCUUCUUAAAAAGUUUUAAACAUAUUUCUUAAUAUUGUGUACUGCUCUUUCUUGUGUCUGUCCUAGAACACUGCAAGGCGUGUUAUUGUUAUUUAUAAUGCCAUUUUGCUUUACAUUAAUUCAUUUUUUCUAAUGUACUUUAGAUAUCAUGUCAUACAUUUAACCAUUUUCUUGAAUUUAAGUGUCAUAAAAAAAGAACGCAAUGCAUUAGCAUCGUGGUACAUGGUGCUGAAAUGCAUGAAACUGUAUGUCACAUGUACCUAUGAAAAAGGGUUAUUGAAAGCAGUGUAUCUGUAGACUACUUUAAAAAAUGCAACCAAUAAAAAAGUGCCUUUUUUAGACCUUGAAGGAAUGUAAUGUUUCUGAAUCUUAGUUGACAGCAUUCAAAGUAGUGUUUACUUCUGUUUUAAUUCUCCCUAUUUACAUGAAUAAAGUGUCUUUCUUUCCUAGGAAUAGGAGUUAGGAUUUAUAUAAAGGAACAUAAUUCAAUGCCAUGUUUCUUAAAGAAUUGCCUUUGUGUAUAUACUUUUUUUUUUAAUUAAGUUUGUAGGAAACUGUAAGGUUUUUUUUUUUUGUUUUGUUUUGUUUGUUGUAAAUACCUAUUACCUGAGCUGCCUGUAAUAUGAAGUGGGUUUAAAAUGCACUCCUUUGUUUAAUUGUGAUUGAAAAUAAAACUGAGGUGUUUCUGUCAAAAACUAAAACUACAUUACUUGAUUGUAUUGAUACAACAUAAAUAAAACACUUUCUUGUACAAA